AUGUCCACGGGCAUAAUCAAGGAAGCUAAAAUACCACCACACUCUUCAAUGUUGUCGGGUAUUUCGGCUUCCUUGAUACUUACCCUCAAUUCUCACCCAGGCCCCAUACCCACACCUCACCCACCAUGGCGUUACAUGCUAACUUCUUCAUCAAGUCCAUCUUUUCUGCUAGGAAGUCGAGCAAUUGUGAUGAGCGAGCCCACCCUUCAUAUCACGGUCCAAGUUUGUUUGAACGGAUACAUGAUGUACUGCUCAGGCGGAUACCCCAUCAAGGAUAUAUGUAUCCCCAUCUCUGCCGGUUUAGAAAGAGCAGCUCCAGUGACUCGUAUCCGCUUUAGUUCUAUUGCCUUUUCCUCGGUAGUGGCUUUGCACAAGAUGGUCUUACUCUCGCCGUCUUGCGUGGCUUCCAAGGUGUUGGAGGUGCCGCUACAAUGCCAUCCGCAGCAAGUUCUUCUGAGAUAUUUCGAUACAAAAGUACUCGCUCAGCUCGGUAUCCUAGCGCAUGCGCUCCCUCCGUCGAGAGCACGUUCAGUGGCAUUCGCUACCUUUUCAAUGGGUGCCCCUGUCGGAGGAGCAUUUAGCAUGAUCAUUGACGAUGUCCUGACUCGACUUUCCUCAUGCGUCAUGAUUACUGAUACACACUAUCACAUUGGCGCGCUGUAUUUUACUUGGCUACCUCUGAUUGAAACUUCCGUUGGGUUGGUCUUGAUGGUAUUCGUACUUGCUCAAGGAGAAAUUGCUUCGGACGGCUGGAAAACCCCACAUAUUAUCGCGCUCCUUAUCGUUGGAGUUAUCAUGCUUGCGCUAUUCCUAGUUUGGGAGUAG